AUUCUGCUGAGCAGGCUGCACCGGGAGGAAGAGGAGGACGAGUACCUGAGUGGACGUCGUGUCCUUCGCCCCCCUACAAAAAUGGCGGCAACAUGGGAUGUUACUCUGUUUGAGGGGUGUUGAGAUUUUGAGCAAUGGCCUCAAAAAAGGCUCACCCAAGUUGACUCAGACUUUUUUAUUGUUCUUUCUAUGUUCCAAGAACACAGCUGAAUAACUCAAGGCCUUUCUACGCUGCUGUCGGCAGCACGGUGACAAGAAGCAUCUCUGGAAUAUCUCCUAUGCGGAUCAGCAGGGUGGAGUUUCAAGUAUCAGGAAUUCAAGGAAUCAUCAAGAUGCUGCAGCUGGAGCCGCAGAUGAGGACUUCAGUCUCUCCUCCCGCCAGGAAGCCAGAGCCACAGCCCUGCCCCCAGCAGCAUGGACUAUUACACGCCGCAGCCAAGUCGUCGACACAACCCAGUGGACAGCAUCUGCCGCAAGCUGCAGACCAUUCAGUGGCGUGGUGACCGAGAGCCCAAUUCACCUUUCCAGAUUCCCAAGCUUUCCUCGAGCAGCUACGACAGCCCCCAGUGUGGCCUCAGGCACAACCUGGAAGCCAUCCUGAAGAAGAGCGCCCUCUACAGAGACGAGGGGGAGAGGGGGAAGGAGAAGGAGAAGAAGGAGAAGGUAAAGGAGAAGGGGAGUGGGAGUGGGAUGCCGACCUCUGCAUCUUCCCAGAAGAGCAGCAUGGGUCCCGCUGUCCCUCUGUCAACACCUUCCACGCCUGCACGCAACCCACCAACACCGGCUAACAUCACGUACACUAUCACCAGCACUCUGGGAGAGAGGCGAGGUGCAGAUGGGAGCGAUUUAAGACAAGUUAAGACGUGGCAGAAGUAUUGUUCAACGCCCACAGGCCAACCCAAGGACUCCCCUUACUUCACAGUCACACGAGGACCUGUGCAGUCUGAGAGCGAGAGGCCGAGCAGCAGCAGCCCGCCUCUGUCUCGCACCUUCACGCCCAGUCUCGGCACCCUCUCCUACAACCUCAACUUCUGCUCUGCGGAGACGACGAACUCCACAGAGUGCGAGCUGUCCUACCCUGCUCUGGUAGUGAAACGACUGUCCAUGGGAGAUGGAGUGGCCUCUGAAAACUACAGGAAGGAGAAUAUGGCAGAAAUCAGCCUCAUCUGCGAGGAGAAUCUGCUCGAUACCAUCUUCCAUGCUUGUGACACGCAGCGUCGAGGUAAAGUGUUCGUGUCCCACAUUGUGGACUACCUGCGGCACACCACCAGUCGAAGCUCAGAAGACAGCGGCCUGGAGGAGCUUUGCAACAUGCUGGACCCGGAACAGAAAGACGUCUCCAUUGACCUGGACACCUACCAUGCGGUCAUGAAGGAGUGGAUUGACGACUGCAGGAACAACGGGGAAGAACCGACAAACGACCUCACUCAAGAGUCGGUCAAGGUCAUUGACAGCCUGUCUGCCAAGAGGUCAAUGCUGCUCAAUAUGACCUCAGGAAGCUUGGAGGCCUUCGGAGGGGAGGCAUCCAGAGUAGAAUUUGAAACGUCAGACCUGGUGUAUUGCGUCGCUGACCUCCAGAUGUGCAACCAAAAGCUCCAGGAGGAGGUGAGGAAGCUGAAGCAGGUGGUGGAGGGCAUGGAGGACACCAACCAGAGGCUGGCGGAGGACAACGAGCAUCUACGCAACCAGGCCAGGGUUAGCCAGCUGCUCGCCCAGAAGGAGAAACUGCUGAAGGAGGAGGUGGAGGAGAUGAAGGCGACUCUGAGCUGUACAGAGGAGGGCAGAGCCCGCGCCUCCGCACACAGCAAACAUGUGGAGAGAGAAAACCAGAGUCUGAUUGUCAGGAUUGGUUCCCUUCAGGAGGAGAACUUCAAGGUCACCAUGGAGACAGACGAGCUCCAGAGGAGGAUAGCCGAGCUGUGUAACAUUAACGCUGACCUUCAGGUGCAAAUCCACUCUUUUGAUACUGUCGUUGGUGAGAAGGAGGCUGUGAUACAUGAGAGAAGCAAACAGAUAGAAGAGCUGAGGGCCGCAGUGGAGGAAUACUCCUCCAUCACUCAGCUGCUGAGGGCAGACAAGAACAAGCUGGAGAGCCAGGUUCAGAUGAUGCAUCCAGACCUCGCUGGGGCCGGCCUGUCCCUGUCGGUGGCCUACAGGUUGAACCAGAGCACCUCAGGAUCCCUACAGACGGAACUGGCUCUGGCUCAGUCACCACUGGAGACUCUUCAUGGCGCUGACCAUUUGUCCACGACUAUGAGCGUCACCUCUUCGCUGGAUGAGACGCUGGACAGAGAGGUGUUUCUGAUGCUGCAGGGGCCCAGUCCCGAACAAAUGGCGCUGGAGUUCAAGACACUACUGAACAAACUGAAAAGGGAUUUCAGGGAAGAAUUGGACUCGGUCUUAUCUACGGUUAGAGGCUUGUUGGACGACCACACGCAGCCAAAGGGCAACACGGACACUGGUCUGCAGACGGUGCAGGCCAAGCUGGAUGCGAGGAGGGCGGACUGGGCCCUCAGCCUGGACCAGCUGGCCCAGUACACAGACUCCCUGGAGAAGGAGCUGAUCAAAAUGGCCAGUAACAUGAGGAGGUCCCGCACUGAGAUCCUCCACCUCUCAGUCAGGGUGCAGGAGCAGGAGAACCAGAAGCGGCAGCUGUGUGAGGAGCUGGAUCAGCUGAAGACGCCCCAGGACAGCAGAGAGGCCUCAUGCCAGACGCCUGCACCAGAGGAAGAGCCUGGAGAUGGAGAUGGAGACCUGGACUGGGACGAGGAGUUCGCCCUUCAAGACUUUUUAAAGAACGAGCUGGCGGAGAAGAACUGCCGGAUGCAGGAUGGGCAAGCAGAUGGCAGGCCUGAGGAAACAGGGGAUAAAGUGACGGACAGAGGGGAAGAGGAGGAAGGGGACGAGAGGUGGAUGGUGGUGGACACAGUGGUGGAGGGAGAGAUCAGGGACACGUCGACUCCUCUGUCCGUCCUCUCUGGGGAGACCCGGCCCGGGCAGAGCUUGGAAGAGAGCCAAGACACUGCAGCCUGCACCGAGUCAGAGGCGGAGGUGAACUCUCAAUCUUUGCAGGAAGAGGCAGCAGUGCUAUUAGGCGCCCACUCACAAGCUGUCAGCAUCAGACACCCAGAGGCGGAUGCUCUCCCUGCUCCGUCCCACUCGGAGAACAAUGCAGACGUCUCUGAAGCUGCCGAGUCUCCCUCCGAAAAUGUAAGCAGCUCACCUGAACAGGAUCAAACUGUCACACCUGGUCAGACCCCUCCCACAGCAGCGGAGAUGGUUUCCCCUGACAACACAUCGCCUGGACCAGAGACCGUUACCGCUAAUGAGAGCACCCAGCCGACCCGUGAGGACCAGGAGAAGAAAGGCGAGGCGGACUCGAGCACCGGAGACAACAUGAGCUGUGUUCAGAGCCUGAGCCAGGACCAGCUGGCAGACAGAUCGACAGCGGAGGACAGCACGAGCCUACUACCUGUGUUGGUGGAGGAGGAGGAGGAGAGUGUGCAGGAGAGUACAGCCGAGGCUUCAACAGUAGCGGUCAGCAUGGAAGGGACGGACCGACUCGACUGCACCAACUCAUCCAACAGCAGCUCUCCUCAGUCGGGAGCGGCCCUAACACACGCCACCCAAUCGGGGAGCGGCACGGGCAGCGUAACCUCUGACCUUGGCCAAUCGGAGGAUAAUGCAGCCAUAAAGGACUGUGGCAAAAAUAAGAGGGAACUGGAGGUGUCACGCAGCAUGGAGGCCAUCGAGGAGCAGAAGGUUCUGGAGGACCACAGUGAGACCGGCAAGACCGAUGGGAAGAAAACUGAAACAUCCAUGACCUCUGGCGCCUUGAAAGACGGCAGGAUCAGCCUGUCACCCAAUGACAAAGAGAUUGAGGCGGAGUUCCAGCGUCUGGCGUUGGGCUUCAAGUGCGACAUGUUCACGAUGGAGAAGAGACUGCGGCUGGAGGAGCGGUCACGUGACCUGGCUGAAGAGAACGUCCGCAGAGAGGUGUCCAGCUGCCAGGGGUUACUGCAGGCUUUGACUCCUCUGUGUGAGGAUGACAACCAGUCCAUGGAGAUCAUCCUGAGACUCCAGAAGAACCUGGACAUCCUCAUCCAGUCCAUGACCAGGGUGUCCAGUCGCUCGGAGAUGCUCGGAGCUAUUCACCAGGAGAGUCGUAUUGGAAAGGCCGUGGAGGUGAUGAUCCAGCACGUGGAGAACCUGAGGAGGAUGUACACGAAGGAGCACGCCGAGCUGCUGGAACUGAGAGAGACGCUCAUGCAGAACGAGAGGUCGUUCGGAUCACAAACUGAAAGAGACGAUUUCCGUGGCAGGGGUAAGACAACAUCACAGUACUACAAGCCAUCAACCCGCCGGGUCAGCAUAGCAGCGAUCCCUCGCACUGGUGGAGGCAACAUGCACUUUGACAUGUCCAAAACACAAGACGGUUCAGAGGCUGAAACAGAGAGACUGACCAGGAGAUCCCCGUGGAACGUGGCAGGGAAGAGCACGGCGCGUCCCCCACUAAAGCGCUUUGUUAGCUCUGCGGCCUGGGUUGACACUGAAGAGCCCGCUCUCAUGAUGAAGGGGACGGCCUGCGACAACACCGACUGGCAGUCGGAGGACGAGCAGCAGCAGCAGCAGCAGAAGGAGGAGCCUGUGGCAGAGAGGAGGAGGUCCAGCCUCAGUGAGCUGGGCAGCAUAAUCACCUCCUUCAUUCUGCCCCUCAAGACGUUAGUCCAACCAAAAUAGCCACAACUAGCCUACUGCAGCACCACUUCCUGCCAGCAAAGACAAGAGGCCUGGUGCAUAGUGGAAGAGUUCAUCAUUUAGCUGAGGUUCCAUUAGCUGCACACUCACAUUGUCAUUUUUGGCAUUAGAUGAGCCAUUGUAGCUGUCCCUGCUCAUGCCAACUACUCAAUCAAACCUUACACUGAUGUGUUUGUAUCAUAUCCUGUAGUUAGAAGUGUGCUGAGCAUGUGGAACCUCCUAAGUGAUGAAAGUAUUUCAUUACACAGGUCUGCGCUGGACUAGCUUCUUCUUUGCUCCAGGGCCUCGGCGGCUUUCAAUCAUGUUUACAGAGCAUUUUCACUGUGAGGUUCAGAAAUGAAUCCUCUCCUUCAGCUGCUAACUGAUUCUGGAUCAGCGGAAAUUAUAUCAGAAGCUUUGUGAUUUCAUGCAUGGGUCUCAUUUUCUGACUUGCACGGUGCAAAGCAUCGAAUUUUACUGGGCUUUGUCUUCUGUCAUUUACUAACAUGUCCGUGCACUUUCAUUUGAAACGCUGCACUCUGAUCAUUGUUUUUAUUUGUUUGGGGCAACUGAGCAUUUUGUGUAAGCGGAUCCUGUCUCAAUCUGAGCUCUCCUUUCCUUCUCUUUCUCCCUCAACGUGGCUCAGGAGUCAGGAUGAGCUGUUUGUCAUGCUGUAAGUGUGUGGGACAGAGAACCCAAAGUGGGAAGUGCUUGUGAAUUCUGUCUUUUAGAAGGAGAAAACAAUAAAUGCAUGCAAAAGGCCUGUUCUCAGGUAGGCGUGCCAGUCAAAGGCCACCCGCAGCCUCGCACUGACUCAUCAGGACUGUGAAGUGUUUUGAAGCAGCACUCCUACUGUUGACAUAUUCCUGGCCAAAAUCAUCUGCUGCCUUUUGCCUAACCAGUCAUCGCUCAUCUGCACCUGCCUGCCUUUACCUGCUCUCCUGACAGCUUUUUCUUUACGCUGAUGAACAUAAUAUGAAUGGUUUGGGAUAUUUAACGCUGUUUGAGACGGGUGAAAAGAUUCACUGUGUAUCCAAAGGCAACCCUAGAUUGCACCGAGCAGCAGCUAAUUCACUCGCUGACAUUCCUUGCUUAAGUUACCAUGACUGACUCCCGUCCCUGUGAGUCAUUUUUGGUAACUCAUUCACUCUCUUGCUUCAUCUGAUACCAUUUCUUUCCAUCAAUCUCUCGUGGCUCGUUGUCUGUCCAUCCUGCGGCAACAUCUAAUUCUCUUUCCCUGCCCUCUUCCAGUCCGAGCCCUCCCGCCAGCCCAACGUCAACAGACCCAGGAGUGACCCAGUCCCUGUCCCACAGCCUGACCUCCUCCCGGGAAGCCGCGGCAGCAGCUGUAGCCAGAGGUGGCAGGGGGCUCUGGCUUUGGUUGGCCUUAUUGCU